AUGGGCUCUGUUUCUUCCUCUUUGUUGACGCCCGGCGGAAGUGGCGGCCCGCUAGUAGGCACGAUGUUUGUCCUCACCGUCAGCCUCGUGCUGUUGCUGUUGUCGACAGUAGUCGGGCAUCGCAAUGGACUACUCGAUCAGUCUCCCAUCCUAUCCACAACAAACUCCAUCUCACCACAACAAAAGGCACAGCUUCAGCAAGUCGCAGACCUCAUGUUGGACAUUUACCAAAUUCUCGUUGACAUGCGAUACCUUGACCCCGUUGGUAUCAUACGGGGGCCGCACAACAUGACAGCUCUGGAACCUCAAUUUGACGAACUGAACAUUGAUCCUUCCGUUCGUUAUCUUUACGGUAUCCUGCCUUAUGUCGACACCGAUGCUGCAGGCAACACCUACUUCAUGCGCGAUAGCGUGUUCAUGGACUUCAGAGAUCCUUAUCAGGUUGAAGACAGUCGUGACCCUUUCAAUGUGUCCCCGCCGUCAGACGGAGAUUUCAACGCCAAGGAUGGACCCUAUAUGCACCCAUGGUACACGCCAUUGACUCAGCUUGAAAAUAACGGUAGAGUAAUAAUAUACGAUGCUCGUCGACACCUCAUCUGGAUUAUCGAUCAGGAGGGAUGGUGGACAACGGACUUGGCUCUACGGGAUAUCGAGCCCAAGGACGGCGAAACGUCAAACCAGAACAGCUUCGAGCACAUUCCGUCUCGACCGGCUGGAGAGGUCCUUAAAGAAAUUGUCCAGUGGUAUCGCAACCUUUACAUCGUCCCUGGAGGAGGCGAGUAUUCAUUGCAGGAGUGGGAUCACUACAAGGUGCCAUUGCGCGAUUUGUACAUUGCGAACGGCUGGCCGGACCGCUUCGAUGCAGAUGCUUUCGAAGUUAGCCAAGCAAGAGCCUUCAGCAGGUCUGUAGCUCAAGACUUUGCCGACAGACCGCUCAGCGAGGUAGCGAGGUUAGAAGAAGUGAUUGAGCGAAACAAACAUUGGAUCGAAACCCAGACUGCGAUUUUAGGCUGGUCUACUACCAAGGAGGGCGAGUGGGCUGCGCGCUCCCGAAUCCGGAGCACGGAAAUUGCUGUCGCGAAGUUUGAGGAGGAUCUCAUAGUCGCUCAGCAGAAGGCCGAGCAGGAAUGCCCGGAAAAUGUCUGCCUGCCUCCACAAGAGUGGCCGCUGUGGGAGCUGCAGGCUGUGACCGAAACAGUGGAGCGAUUGAAGACCGACAUUGCCUUCGCAGAGUCACAAAUCAAACUUGAGCCUUUCGAGGGACAAGAUCUUGACGAGUGGCAAGAGUAUGUACAACGCUGGAAGAACAAGAACCACUUGAUGAAACGUAAACUUGCUGUCUACCAAAAGGCGUACGAGGCGGCCCGGGAGGAUGUAGAGCGAUUGUGUCCCGGCCAGACAUUCGAAUCCGUCACCGGGCUGACAGAGAUGGGUUGGUUUGUGAGAACGAAAGAGGAUAUACGUCGUAUUCUGGUUCAUAAGCAAAAUGAGCUUGAACUUACCAGGCAGUGGUAUGCCCAGCUCCCGCAUGAUGUUCCUGAUACUCGAAGUAAAAUUGAGAAAGACAUUCAAAGUCUGGAGGAGGGUAUGCAGUUUUGGGAAGAGAUUCUCAGCGAGUAG